AUGUCUAUCACAGGGAAUCACACUGAGCCUGACACGGCUAUCCAUCCUACAGUGGUGCACACUGUGCCUGGCACUGCCAUCCCCUCUACAGUGGUGCUCGUAGAGCCUGAAACUGCUAUCUCUCAUACAGUGGUGCACACUGAGCCUUGCAUUGCCAUCCCUCCUACAGUGAUGCACACUGAGCAUGGCAUUGCCAUCCCUCCUACAGUGAUACACAUUGAGUAUGACACUGCCAUCCCUCCUACAGUAAUGCAUACUGAGCCUGGCACUGCUAUCCCCCUUACAGUGGUGCACACUGAGCCUGACACUGCUAUCCAUCCUACAGUAGCGCACACUGAGCCCGGCACUACUAUCCAUCCUACAGUAGUGCACACUGAGCCUGGCACUGCUAUCCCACCUACAGUGGUGCACACUGAGCCUGACACUUCUUUCCAUACCACAGUCAUGUACACUGAGCCUAUCACUGAUAUCCUUACUACAGUGAUGUACACUGAGUCUAUCACUGAUAUCCUUACUACAGUGAUGUACACUGAACCUAUCACUGAUAUCCUUACUACAGUGAUGUACACCGAGCCUAUCACUGAUAUCCUUACUACAGUGAUGUACACUGAGCCUAUCACUGAUAUCCUUACUACAGUGAUGUACACUGAACCUAUCACUGAUAUCCUUACUACAGUGAUGUACACUGUGCCUGGCACUGCCAUCCCUCUGACAGUGGUGCAAAGGGCAGGCUGUCACUUGGUACAGGGGAUAAAACAUAACAAAAAAUUCUAA